CGCUAAUUCCCUCGUUCCCUCAUUGCCUUGCCCUGCGGUGCCCGAACCGCGCUGCACAAAUCGCCGUUCUGUUUUCCCGCGGGUCAUUUCGAUGCCAGCGCCAUCGAGCGCCGCUCCGCGCGGCGUGAGGUGUAGCUCAGCCGUCGUGGGCGGCACACGCCCCUAGCUGGCAUUCCGCCUGCAGCGCCUUCAAAUGCUCCACCCGACAGCUCCGAAUUCAACUUGGAAUUCGACUGAAUAUCAUCAUGACAAUAACAAUGAGUGUUUUUUGCUGAUACCCACCAAUGAUCCAAUUACUGAUCAAGAUGACAAUAAUUCAGAAAAGCCCUCGCAUUCUGAAGUGUGGGGAUUUGGAAUGCUGUCGGUUGGUAUCAUAAGCUUAUCUGGACUCUUCGGUGGAUUAUUCUGGCCAUUAAUGAGCUCCAAAUAUUAUGAUCAUGCAAUGCGAAUGCUCAUUGGUUUAGCAGUAGGUACUUUAACUGCAACUUCUGCAAUGCAGUUAAUUCCUCAAGGAUUUGGUAUGAAAGAAACAGACGUUGAUUCAUACAUUCAAACAUCUGUGAUAAUGCUUGGCAGUAUUUGGUCUCUAUACAUGUUUGAAAUAUGCUGUAAAAUAUUUUUUCAUUCAGGAAAUAAAACUGACAGUGAUGUAGAAAUGUCAGCACAGAAACUGAGUACAGUGAAUGAAGAAAAUAUAAAACAAAAAACACUGGAACAAGAGGGACUGCUUCCUACAAUAGUGACUGAUAGUACAAAUAGAAAACCUUCAUUGAAACCAUACUUUUCAUCAAAUACAUCACUGAGUAAAGCUAUACCUGAAAAAGAACGGAAACCAAGUCUCCGGAGAAUGUCUCACGCUCAUGCUCAGCAAAUCCAAAUGGGAGGCAUGGCUCCUGUAGCUUGGAUGGUCAUUCUGGGAGAUGGUCUUCAUAAUUUUGUAGAUGGAAUGUCAAUUGGAGCUGGAUUUACAAAUAGUCUAGCAACUGGAUUAAGUAUAAGCAUAGCAAUUGCUUGUGAAGAAUUCCCACAUGAAUUGGGUGAUUUUGCAAUUCUGAUAAAUUCAGGAAUGCCUGUAAAGAAAGCUCUCAUGUACAACUUCCUCUCAGCUCUCACAGCAGUUGCUGGGCUGAUUUUAGGGAUUCUUUUAGGAGAAUUAGAAGCCAGUACAUACAUUUUUGCUUUCUCAGGAGGUCUUUUCCUGUAUAUCUCUCUCACAGACUUGAUGCCAGAACUGAACAGCAUGAUAGAGGAAGGCCUCAAGAAAAAUAAGAAAACUUCCUUUCUAGUACUUUUCCAACAAAAUUGUGGAAUUAUUUUUGGGUUUUGUCUACUUUAUGUCAUUUCGUCUAAUCCAGUGACUGUUACCUAAAAUGACUGACCAAUCUUGCAGCCUACAUACAACGAACGCUAAUUAAUGCUACCAUCCCAAAGGAACAACCUAUUCACAAUUGUUCUUACUGAUAUUUGAAUGUUGUGAUGAUUUUUAUUUUUACAGUUUUAAUAUUCUCAUAUAUACAAAUGUUUAUUCAUGGGAACAAAAUCAUUCUUUAACUUUGUAAAUAUUAAAGAAAUAACCAAAAGAAUUAAAUAAUCAGCUUUGUUAAAAUUUGUUUUCUUGGAGUCCAUUUGGUAACCACUGAAAAAUAUAAAUAAGAAAUUCACAACUCACAUUCAAAUUACUUAAUCAUUAAUUAUCAUUAAAAUCAUCAUCAAUAAAAAGUGUUUUAAUAAUACAUAUAAUAUCUUGUAUUUUGUGGAUGUUACAUUUCAUUAAUGUUAGUUCUGCAUGCAUUUUAUACCAUGUGUUUCUCGCAUCCCUUCAGUGCGUUCUCCACUUCUUCCUUCCACAUACUUUUAAAUGUCUUUUAAAUGUAUGUAAAACUGGAUUCCAAUUCCACAGCUUUUAAGGCCUUCGUUCUUCACCCGUUCUGCUGACCAUACAACUUGAAAGUUUUCAUUGCCAAAUUGUUGAUGUUUAAAAUCAAAUUACCACUUUUUCUCCUUCUUUAAAGCUUCAUAUAAAUAUAAUUUAAAUAAAGUUGAAGUUAUGCUACACACUCACAGAAAGCCUAAAGCUUUAUUUAAAGGAAAUUGUUUGGAAAGUUUCUUCCAAUUUUAAAACUUGGACUUAAAUUUCUGCUGUGCAGGUCUUUGAUAUUUUUUAGUAAGUAGUAGACCAAUAUAUUAAUAUCUUGUUUCAUUAUGUCCACCCAGAGUUUUUUAAAUAGAAGUGUCAUAGACUUUUUUAAUAUUAUAAAUACUAUGUGAUUUUAAUAAUUAUAAGUGAGUUAUUUGUUGAUCAUUUGCUUAGUUUUAAAAAUACCACAAGGCCCAGGACAUAUUCAUCCCCCUUUACAGCUGCUCAUUUAUUGACGUCACAUCAGAUUAUUCAGGUCAUAUCAAGAAGGUCUCUUUUAGAUGAAAUUUCAAGAGUUAUCCUUCCAUAUACCUGACCAAUUACUAUACAGUAAUACCUCUAUAGUUUCCACAUUGUUUUUACCAUAUUUUUACUUUCCCAUAAACAACAAUAAACAGAACGUUAUGUAAUGUUUCAGGAAAAAGUGCCAAUAUUUUGACUUCAAAAAAAAUUUUUUUUGUUCUACUGAUAUUAAAAAAAAAAUUCUUUCACCUAUCCGUAGUACAGCCCAAAUCCACAGUUUGAACUUCACCAGCACCAGGUCAGAGAAUUUUACCACAAUGGAUUUUCCACAACCAAUGUGGACGAUAUUGUGGUCUGAAAGUUCAAAAAUAUAUUGCAUUCCCUCCUUCAACUACAUUAUUCAAUAUUGAGAUGUUUUCUUAAAUAAAUGUUUUUCAAAACUGGCUCUUUAAAUAUGUCAUAUACAUGUUUUUUAAAACUAUGAUUAGUUUCCAUGAAAUUUUGCGUGAAAUUUUGACAAUUUAAAAGAAGUGCACAUGAUUCUUUUCCUCAAAAGAGCAAAGUUUGUUUAAUAAUAAUACAGCGUAGGUCUCACUUUCAAUGAAAGUUCUGGAAUUUCAAAAACUGCAAACUUUCAAAAGUUUUUCGAACAUGCCUUGAUAACAGCCAUAAUGCCAUAAUCUUGAAUACAGAAGCUAAAGAUUUUUUAAUGCAAUUUAUUCUUGAAUUAAAUCUUUGCAUCAUUUCAUGUAACCUUUUUCCAAAAUAUUAUUUUACAUGUAAUUUUGAACUCUCACACUUCCACAUAAAGAAGUGUAGUGUUUUAUGGGAAAGAUUCUAGUUUCGUAAACCGUGGUGCCUAAGGACAAAUCCCCAACCAGGUAAAUAUUUUUCCUUUAUAGUUUUUUGUAAGAAAAACAAAACAAUUGUUCUGGCCCCUGUUUUCAAAAAUGCAGGGUGGUACAAAUGAAAAUCAGUAACAUACAUGUGCUAAAAUACACAAAAACUCAGAAAACUACAGCACCCAUCCCAAAAUUCAAAGCUAAUUAUGGGAUCUAAAAAAAAUUCAAGCCUUUACAAUAAAAAAAUGCAGUUUUGGGAUAGCAUUUAGCAGAGGUAGUUUUAGCAUUUUUUCUGAGAAUUUUGAGUUUUGUAUGUACAUAAGAACGUAUGAUACCAAUUUUACAAACCUGAAUUUGAGCUUAUAAGAAUGUACAUUGCAUAUUUAACUUUGUACAAUCCUGAAUUUUGGAAUAGAAAAGGCCAGAAUACUUAUUUCCCUGAAGGCUAAAAUUAGCCCUAGAAUUUGGGAUGAGUGUUGUAUUUUUGUAAUGUAUUUGGAUCUUGGGCAUAUUAGCCCAUAAUGUAUCCUAGCAAUUUUUCUAAAUUUAAGAAAAUAGGUUCUGGAAUAAUUUCUUCCUAAAACCUGAAAUUAGCCUUAUAGUUUGGGUAGGGUGUCGUAUUAUUCUGAUGUUUUUGAGUUUUUCUGUAUGUUAGUCCUUACGAACAUAUGUUAACUAUUUUACUUUGAUCAACCGUAAUUUUUGUAUAAACUUCUCUCUCUUCCUCUCUCCCCCUAUCUGUCCCUCACUCUCUUCCUCCCACUCAAUCUCUUCCAUCCUCUCACUUUUCCCUGUCCCUCUCCUCUCUCCCUCUCAUUCCCCAUCU